AUGAGCCGGCUGACCGCGCAGGAGAAGCUCGACAUCGUCUGCCUCUACUACUCCGCCCCGGCCGCGACCAAGCACCGACGGACAAUCCAGCAGCAGGACCUGUCGAGGAAGUACUGCAAGAGCCGGGCGGCGAUCUGCAAGGUGCUGAGGCCGGAGUACGCGAGGGGGGUCAUGGCGACGGCUCAAGGGCUCAUGGUCAAGAACCACAACGAGAUCCUCGACAACAUCGCACAGGAAGAGCGUCGCAAGCACAAGGCCUUGCGCCGAGGGCCAAGCGAGGCGACUGGCUGA